AUGGAGACAAACUUAAACACUAAUUCGAGUAGAUGGUUAGAAGAAUUCGUUGGAAGUAUAAAUUCCAACACAAUGAACUUCGAUUCCAUGGAACAAACUAUAUUAAAUAACGACAUUAUCAAUGGUAAUGAUGAAAAUGAGAACGAUAGUGAAAAGGAUUUUGACAAAAUGCUAGAUUUGGAUUUGAAUCUCGAUGUAUUUGAUGGUUAUAUGGAAAACCAAUUGAGAGAUCUAGAUAUUCAAUCAUCACCUACCUGUGCUCCUAAUAAUAUCCAAUUGGGUAAUAAUCUUGAUAAUAAUAAUAAUAAUAAUAUUAAUAAUAAUACUAUAGAUCCUAUGGAUUUCGAAACUAGUAGAUGGAAUAAUAUCAAGAAUUAUGAUAAUGAUCCACCUGUUUCACCAUAUAAGAAAUUACAGGAUGAUUCUGUGUACAUAAUGAAAAGAACGAUAAAUGACUCUCCAACCAAAUUUAAAUUGCAAAGAAAAUUUGAAGAUGAUAACUCCAUUAGUGAGACGCUAUUGAAGCAACAAGAAGAAUUGAGAUACGCAUUGGAAAAACAACAAGAAUUGAACAUGCUAUUAGCCCAACAAUUGAAAAAAACACAAGUGAAACAAGAGAAAUUAGAAUCCAGAUUGGAAAAGCAAGAUACAAAUAUACAUCCACGUAUGAAAAUGGAAAAUAUUUAUCAAAAUAAAAAUGCUAUGAUUGAACUAUACAACAAAAAAAACAGCAACAACAAGAGUUCCAAUAAUAAAAUUGAUCAAAUUCCAAGUCCUGGAUAUUUUACUUCUCCAAAUUCAAUGGUAUCUCCACCAAUGUCCACUGUUUCAAUAACAGGAUCACCACAAAGAAGACAAGCAAAAUCAAAUUUUGGUUUUAAUGGUAACAUGAAAACUGAUACCAAGACACCUAAAAUGCAAUUGGUUUCACCAGCUCUUUCUAUCAUCGAAAAUAGUCCUUCAUAUAAAAGAACGAAUGGUAAUAAUAACUUCUUUCAAUCUCCAGCAAAUAACCUCUCUGCAACAAUGGAUGAACUUAUGGAUGAUCACAAUGCUAACAAUGGUCUUAUUGGCCUCGGUAUUCAGUUGGGUCCAAAACAAAAGACUUAUUUAGUUAACGAGAAUAUUGCAAACAACAAUAGUCACGAUGAUUUUGAUGAAGCCGAUAACUACAUAAAACCAUCAUCUGUUGAUAUUUUACCUACAAUACCGGGAUCAAAUGAAAACACACCACUAAGAAGAAGACAAACAAUUCAGACACAACCAUCAUAUCUUUCACAAAAUAUUUAUGAAAGCCACACACCAAUAAAACCAAGACAAUUAUCUAUUUCGAAUGAUAAACUAUUUGAAGACUCAGCAAUGACACCUCAACUAAGACCUCCUCCAAAUGGAAGAAGGAGUAGUUAUUAUGAAACAUUGAACACAGAACUUCAACAACAAGAAGAUAAUCGUUAUAAUGAAACUCCAUCAUCUGAAAGAUCAACGUCUCCACAACAUCUCCAUGAAUUCAUCCAAGCGUCAUCUUCAUCAAACUCUGUAAGUACAAGUUCAAGUCCAAUUAAGAUAACGAGGAAAUUAACCACAUUGCCGAGAGGAUCCAUUGACCAAUAUGUAAAAGAAUUACCAGAUAAGACGUUUGAAUGUUUGUAUCCUGCUUGUGAAAAGAAAUUUUUCAAAAGACGUUAUAAUAUUAGAUCACAUAUUCAAACACAUUUAGAAGAUAGACCAUAUGUUUGUGAUUUUUUUGGUUGUGAUAAAGCAUUUGUGAGGAAUCAUGAUCUUGUUAGACAUAAGAAAGUUCAUUGCGAGAAAACUUUUGCUUGUCCAUGUGGGAAGAAAUUUAAUAGAGAAGAUGCUUUGAUUGUUCAUAGGAGCAGAAUGAUCUGUUCCGGUGGGAAAAAAUUUGAUAAUGUGGUGAUUAAGAGAUCUCCAAGGAAAAGAGGUAGACCAAGGAAGGAUGGGAGUCAAAGUGUUGGUGGAAGUCCCGUUAAGGAUAGCGUUGCAAGAGAUACUAAUGGACAAAUUGUUUUCAAAAUGGAAAAACAAAUAAGGAAAAAUAAAAUAAAGGCACAUACGGGAAGUGAAGAAAAUAUUAGAGGGGGUGAAUUAAGUUCCUUGAAUUCCAAUAGUGAUAAUUCUAUCCCCUCCUUUAAUACUUAG